GGGACUAACAAAUUCUAAUAGGGGACUAACAAAUUCUAAUAGGGGACUAACAAAUUCUAAUAGGGGACUAACAAAUUCUAAUAGGGGACUAACAAAUUCUAAUAGGGGACUAACAAAUUCUAAUAGGGGACUAACAAAUUCUAAUAGGGGACUAACAAAUUCUAAUAGGGGACUAACAAAUUCUAAUAGGGGACUAACAAAUUCUAAUAGGGGACUAACAAAUUCUAAUAGGGGACUAACAAAUUCUAAUAGGGGACUAACAAAUUCUAAUAGGGGACUAACAAAUUCUAAUAGGGGACUAACAAAUUCUAAUAGGGGACUAACAAAUUCUAAUAGGGGACUAACAAAUUCUAAUAGGGGACUAACAAAUUCUAAUAGGGGACUAACAAAUUCUAAUAGGGGACUAACAAAUUCUAAUAGGGGACUAACAAAUUCUAAUAGGGGACUAACAAAUUCUAAUAGGGGACUAACAAAUUCUAAUAGGGGACUAACAAAUUCUAAUAGGGGACUAACAAAUUCUAAUAGGGGACUAACAAAUUCUAAUAGGGGACUAACAAAUUCUAAUAGGGGACUAACAAAUUCUAAUAGGGGACUAACAAAUUCUAAUAGGGGACUAACAAAUUCUAAUAGGGGACUAACAAAUUCUAAUAGGGGACUAACAAAUUCUAAUAGGGGACUAACAAAUUCUAAUAGGGGACUAACAAAUUCUAAUAGGGGACUAACAAAUUCUAAUAGGGGACUAACAAAUUCUAAUAGGGGACUAACAAAUUCUAAUAGGGGACUAACAAAUUCUAAUAGGGGACUAACAAAUUCUAAUAGGGGACUAACAAAUUCUAAUAGGGGACUAACAAAUUCUAAUAGGGGACUAACAAAUUCUAAUAGGGGACUAACAAAUUCUAAUAGGGGACUAACAAAUUCUAAUAGGGGACUAACAAAUUCUAAUAGGGGACUAACAAAUUCUAAUAGGGGACUAACAAAUUCUAAUAGGGGACUAACAAAUUCUAAUAGGGGACUAACAAAUUCUAAUAGGGGACUAACAAAUUCUAAUAGGGGACUAACAAAUUCUAAUAGGGGACUAACAAAUUCUAAUAGGGGACUAACAAAUUCUAAUAGGGGACUAACAAAUUCUAAUAGGGGACUAACAAAUUCUAAUAGGGGACUAACAAAUUCUAAUAGGGGACUAACAAAUUCUAAUAGGGGACUAACAAAUUCUAAUAGGGGACUAACAAAUUCUAAUAGGGGACUAACAAAUUCUAAUAGGGGACUAACAAAUUCUAAUAGGGGACUAACAAAUUCUAAUAGGGGACUAACAAAUUCUAAUAGGGGACUAACAAAUUCUAAUAGGGGACUAACAAAUUCUAAUAGGGGACUAACAAAUUCUAAUAGGGGACUAACAAAUUCUAAUAGGGGACUAACAAAUUCUAAUAGGGGACUAACAAAUUCUAAUAGGGGACUAACAAAUUCUAAUAGGGGACUAACAAAUUCUAAUAGGGGACUAACAAAUUCUAAUAGGGGACUAACAAAUUCUAAUAGGGGACUAACAAAUUCUAAUAGGGGACUAACAAAUUCUAAUAGGGGACUAACAAAUUCUAAUAGGGGACUAACAAAUUCUAAUAGGGGACUAACAAAUUCUAAUAGGGGACUAACAAAUUCUAAUAGGGGACUAACAAAUUCUAAUAGGGGACUAACAAAUUCUAAUAGGGGACUAACAAAUUCUAAUAGGGGACUAACAAAUUCUAAUAGGGGACUAACAAAUUCUAAUAGGGGACUAACAAAUUCUAAUAGGGGACUAACAAAUUCUAAUAGGGGACUAACAAAUUCUAAUAGGGGACUAACAAAUUCUAAUAGGGGACUAACAAAUUCUAAUAGGGGACUAACAAAUUCUAAUAGGGGACUAACAAAUUCUAAUAGGGGACUAACAAAUUCUAAUAGGGGACUAACAAAUUCUAAUAGGGGACUAACAAAUUCUAAUAGGGGACUAACAAAUUCUAAUAGGGGACUAACAAAUUCUAAUAGGGGACUAACAAAUUCUAAUAGGGGACUAACAAAUUCUAAUAGGGGACUAACAAAUUCUAAUAGGGGACUAACAAAUUCUAAUAGGGGACUAACAAAUUCUAAUAGGGGACUAACAAAUUCUAAUAGGGGACUAACAAAUUCUAAUAGGGGACUAACAAAUUCUAAUAGGGGACUAACAAAUUCUAAUAGGGGACUAACAAAUUCUAAUAGGGGACUAACAAAUUCUAAUAGGGGACUAACAAAUUCUAAUAGGGGACUAACAAAUUCUAAUAGGGGACUAACAAAUUCUAAUAGGGGACUAACAAAUUCUAAUAGGGGACUAACAAAUUCUAAUAGGGGACUAACAAAUUCUAAUAGGGGACUAACAAAUUCUAAUAGGGGACUAACAAAUUCUAAUAGGGGACUAACAAAUUCUAAUAGGGGACUAACAAAUUCUAAUAGGGGACUAACAAAUUCUAAUAGGGGACUAACAAAUUCUAAUAGGGGACUAACAAAUUCUAAUAGGGGACUAACAAAUUCUAAUAGGGGACUAACAAAUUCUAAUCAAGAAUAA